AUGGCUAAGCACUUUCUCCUGCUGUUACUAAUAGCAUUAGUAAGUUUCUGCUGUGUUGUAUUAGCUUUUGAGCCAAGUCCAAUGCAAGAUUUCUGUGUGGCGGAUCCUGCUAGCCCAGGUAUUGCAAAUCAAUUUGAUCCUGAAAAAAUCAAAUCUUUCGAGGAAAUAAUAAUAUCUGCUGCUAAUGAUGCAGAAGAUUUUAUUGAGAUGUGCUGGACAUGUGAAAAUGCAUCUGAAAGUUCACUAAACAAGAAUUUGCGACCGGUUGUUGAAAGAAUAAAUAUAAUAGAGAAUGAAGUGAUGGAGAUUGUUUCUGAUUUUAGCACAAGUAGUCAUGACAUGGAUGAUCAUCAAGCUCUUGAAUCUGUGGGGGAUUUCUUGAUUGACAGUACUUCUUCUAGAAGUAACUGGAUGCUGCAACAUUUGGAAGGUGAUAUCGUGCAAGGACUUGAUGGGGAUUUGGAGAUUAUAGUUAGAAUAUUGAAAGAGCCGUUGUCCUAUCUAGACAUUGUCACAAUAUCAGGCAUGGGUGGCAUCGGCAAAACAACACUUGCUAGAAAAGCUCAUGAUCAUCUGAAAAUCAGGUAUCAUUUUGACAUUCGUGUUUGGGUUACAAUAUCUCAAGUACAUGGAAGUAGAAAUUUGUCGUUAGAAGCUUUACAUUGCCUUUCCAAGAAAACAAAUAUUGAGAUAGAAAAAGAUUAUGAAAAGAAGGACGACAAUGAAUUAGCCGACCUGGUGCAGAAAACACUAAAGGUUCGGAGAUACCUUGUUGUAGUUAAUGAUAUUUGGAGUACGGAUGUUUGGGAUAGCAUAAGAGCAAUAUUUCCUAAUUGCAAUAAUAGGAGUCGAAUCUUAUUGACCACUAGAGAAACAAAGGUUGCAAUAUAUGCAAAUCCUGAUAGCCGUCAUGAGAUGAACCCCUUGAAUUUAGAAAACAGUUGGAAGUUACUUCGUGAUAAAGUGUUUGGACCAGAAUAUGAUCAUCCUCCUGAGUUGGAAGAAAUUGGACAGCAAAUAGCGGAAAAAUGCCUAGGACUAUCCUUGACAAUUUCAGUGAUUGCGAGACAUCUCUCUAAAGUGGCCAGGGCAUUAGAAAGUUGGAUGGAUGUUUCCCGAACCAUGGGUGAAAUCAUUGCUAAUCAUCCAGAUAAAUGCUUAGGAGUGCUCAGUUUGAGUUACCACAACUUGCCUAAUCACCUCAAACCGUGCUUUCUUUCUAUGGGUAGUUUCCUGGAGGAUUAUCAGGUUGAGACUUGGGGAUUGAUUCAAUUAUGGAUCGCUGAAGGUUUUAUAAGGAGGCCUGAAAGUGAUAAAAGCUUGGAGGAAGUGGCAGAAGAUUAUUUGGAGGAUCUUAUCAGCAGGAACUUGAUAAUCGUUAACAAAAGGAGGUUCAGCAGUGAGAUAAAAGUAUGUGGAAUGCAUGAUCUUGGUGUUACAGAUCUACUGCGUGAAUUCUGUUUGAUUGAAGUUGAAAUGACAAAGUUUAUGCAUGUUGAGAGAAAUGGUGUAGUCCUAACUCUUUCAACACAAAAGUACAAUGGUCAUCGCUUCAGUUUCCAGAUUAACGGUUAUUCAGAUGAUAGGCGUUUCAAGUUAUUACCCUCGGUUGCCAGGUCUAUCUACUUAUUUUCUAAAACUCAUAAUUUUUUAAGUCUUGAAGUUUUCUCCAGUUUCCACCUUCUCAGGGUAUUGGCCAUUUUCGAUGAAAAUGGAAGGUACCAUUCUAUUCCACCUGUAAUUACAAAGUUAUUUCAUCUGAGAUAUCUACAAGUUCGAUCUCAUGCAGAUCUUCCUGCAUCAAUCUCGGAGCUUCAGAAUCUGCAAACUCUAAUUUAUGAGAGAUGUUAUAAUCAUACAACUUUACCAGAGAAGAUAUGGACGAUGAAGAACUUGAGGCAUAUGCAUAUAAGGCAUGUCUGUUAUUUACCGAGUCCUAGAAGAAAAAGUAUCUUAAAUAAGCAUCUUGUGACAGGGAUGCCAAAUUUGGUGGAACUUUCUAAUCUCUAUUUCACUAAUUGUACAAAUGAAAUCCUUUCUAGCAUUCCCAAUCUAAAAAGAUUGAUCGUCCAUUAUAAUGACUUUCGUAAAAAGAGUUCGGUCAAUCGCCCCAUUGAUAUGUCCAGCUUGACAAAACUCGAAGCAUUGAAGUGUGUUAGUAAUGCCUUUUUGUCUUGGACACCUCCGAUCUCCAUCAAGAAGUCUUUCUUCCCAGCAUCACUUAAGAGGUUGACUUUCUCUGGCUGGUUUGGUUUUCCUUGGGAAGAUAUUUCAACUCUUGUCAAGUUGCCAAAUCUCGAAGAGCUCAAACUUAAAGAUCGUGCAGCUAUUGGUGAUGUAUGGAGAUUGCGUGAUGAUGACAUAUUCGAAAGCCUAAAGUUGUUGUUAUUUCGCAGAGUACUUCUUGUGAAUUGGCUAGUGAGCUGUGAGAACUUCCCAAGUCUAAAACGCCUUGUUCUGAAGAAAUGCGACAACCUUAAGGAAAUUCCAAUAGAUUUUGGAGAAAUUUUUAGUUUGGAGUCGAUUGAAUUACAUAAUUGCAGCACUUCGGCUGAGGAUUCUGCAAGAAAGAUUGAACAAGAACAAGAGGACAUGGGAAACAAUUGCCUGAAGGUCUACAUCCAUACAUAA